AUGCAGCCUUCCGUGACAGAGUUCUACGAGGGGAAAAGUAUCUUCAUAACUGGAGCUACGGGUUUUGUGGGAAAGGCCAUAGUGGAAAAACUACUCAGAUCAUGUCCAGGCAUCAAAACUAUUUAUGUCUUGAUGAGAGAGAAGAAAGGUGUAUCGAGUGAACAGAGACUGAAAGAGCUAUGUAACAACAGCGUAUUCGACUUGUUGAGAGACACACAGCCUGAAGUGUUCAAUAAACUGAAGGUGGUGGCUGGUGACAUAUUAGAAGCAAAGCUAGGCCUCUCGAACGAAGAUCGUCAUGAGUUGCAGAAACAUUGUAACAUUGUGUUUCACAGCGCUGCUUGCGUCAGAUUUGAUCAGGAGCUAAAAUUUGCUGUCCAAAUAAAUACCAUCGCAACUCUCAAAGUUUUAGGAUUAGCUGAAACGAUGUCAAAACUCGAGGCAUUUGUUCAUCUAUCUACUGCAUAUUGUCGAUGCCAUUUAGAGGUUUAUGAAGAAAAAAUGUACCCAGCUAUACAUCAGCCCAGGAAAAUAAUAGAUCUCGUGGAAUGGAUGGACGACGAAACUCUUCGGCACUUAGAGCCUAAGUUAAUUUCUUCUGAACCGAACACUUAUGCCUACACAAAAGCUAUUACAGAAGACUUAGUUUCUGAAUACAGUUCAAAAUUUCCUAUCGCCAUUGGAAGACCAUCGAUUGUGUCUGCAGCAUGGAAGGAGCCCGCACCGGGUUGGGUGGACAAUUUGAAUGCAGUCACUGGCUUUAUUGUUGGGUGUGAAAAAGGUGUUCUACGCACAAUGAAUUGUAAGACGACCUAUACAGUGGAUGUGGUCCCAGUCGACGUUGUCGUCAACGGUUGCAUAUUGAUAGCUUAUGCCACAGCCCUUGAAAAGUCUAAAGACAUACGAAUUUACAACAUAACACUAUCAGGUGCGAAAAGGAUUAAUUGGAAUGAAAUUCGUACAAGGGGUCAAAAAUGGAUGAGAGAGUACCCUUACUCAGUAUCUUUAUGGUAUCCUCGAAUUAUGAUUACAUCUAACUGGUUGCUUCACCAAAUCAUGUUUUUGCUAACACAACUACUACCCGCUUACUUCAUCGACAUGCUUCUAUUUCUGAUGGGAAGGAAGACAUUCAUGAUAGAAGUACAAAAACGUAUCAGUUAUGGAACUAGCGUCCUCUUGUAUUAUACUAACAAAGAAUGGCAUUUCAUAAAUAAAAAUUUCGUAUCACUAAAGAAUAAAAUCAGUAAAUAUGACAAUGAGACUUUCUUUACAAAUUUAGAAGAUGUUGAUGUAGAUUUGUAUAUCAAGGAUUAUGUGUUGGGCACUAGAAAGUAUAUUGCGAAGGAGGAUCUAUCGACUUUGCCGAGAGCAAGAAAGUUAUUGAAAAUG